CCAUAGUCACAAUGUAUGAUAAAUGGCGCUGUUAACAUAUAUAAUGAUGAUGUUUGAAGCGUAAACAAGCGUCAUGAUAUGCAAAAACGUAUUCAUUGAGACUUUACUCAAAAAAAAAAAAAAAUUUUCAUUGUGUGAUGUGUGUAAACAACGACGACAAGCAGCAAACUGGCUAUAUUUUACGUUAUUAUUUGUUUAGUACGCAUGCAUUUACAAUUUUGAUAGCCGUAUGAUCAUCAUCAGCAAGUGGUGUGAUGUUUUGUGAGUAGCAUCCAUCGAUUAAUCCAAACAACGACAACCAUCAACAAGAAUCGAAUAUCCAAACGAAAACGACAACGACCUGAAAUGGGUAUGUGAAUAAUAUGCAAGUAAAAUUGCCAAAUUAAACAACAACAACAACAAAUCGAACACGAAUCCGGAAACUUUUGUUUGUUUUUAGUAUUUGAUUUUGUCUCAAUAUUGUUCGCGUAAAAUUGAUAUUUUGAUUAUCGAAUGGCAAGUUUUUUUUGUCUGAUGUUGAUGCACUCUAACCCUUAGAAUUAUUGUUAUCAACAACUUUAACAAAAAUCGAUCGAUGCCAGUUUUUUCUGCCUAAAAAUAGUGAUUUUUGACAAAACAUUCAUUUUGUCGGCUAUCUAUAUAUUGCUUUGGACAAACGUGGAAAAAGAAAAAAAUUUGCUUUAAAAAACAAAUAAUAAAAUAACGGACGACCCAAACGAACCAAGGACAAUCCUAAUCAAAAUUGAAUGGAAAUGAAAGUGGGCGCUUGUAUGUUUGUGCAACAGCAUCCAUUUCUCAUCUGAAAAUAAAAAUCCUGUGAAAGCUGAACGAACGUUAUAGACAUUUUUUCUUCGAAUUUGAUGACCUCGACUUUAUAUAUGCACAAAACAAUUCAUAUACAUUGCAAUUGAAUCAGACAACAAGUGAGCAACUACGACGACGACGACAUUUAAUAAUCACUGUUCAGCACAAAGUGAAAAAAAAUCAUAAAAUAAGUCAUUUUUUAAAUUUUUUUUCUGCAUAAAUGCUGACAAUGAUCCAACUUCUAUAAGUCCGAUGGCCAUUAGUCAAUUCCCAUUAUCAUCAUCAUCAUCAUUAUUGUUUUAAUCAUAUUAAUUUGAAUAAGGUUCGAUCAAUUAUUUCUUAUUUUGGACUUGGUCUAAAUUAUUGCUGCCGUUAUUUCUUUGAAUCUUUAAUUAUCAACCAAUAUUUAAAGCUUAUAUUGAACCUCAAAAACAACAAAAAGAAAAUACAUUUCUGAUCAAAAAUGGAUGUUGAUCUCACAAACAACUCUUCAUCGUCGGAUUCAACUGAUCCAAUCACGUCGGAAUUGUUGCAAAAAUUCUCUUGUCUCAAUACAACUGAUCGUGAUGUAUUGGUCAAACAAUUUAAUCUGUUGCUUGGUGAAAAAUGUUCAGAUUCGAUGGCUGAAUUCUGGUUAGACAUGAACAAUUGGAAUUUACAAGCAGCAAUAUGUUCGUAUUUUGAUUAUGAAUCUACAUUACCCAAAAAUCAUCAGCUAAAAUUGCCAGAAAUACAGAUUAAACCGGAACCGAAUAUAUGUGAAUGUUUGCCCAACAGUUCAUUCACUUAUCAUUGCACUGUUACUAAUUCAGGUGAUGAACCAUGGCCAUAUGGAUAUACUUUAAAAUUCUAUGGUGGCCAUCAAAUGACUCAUGAAGAGCGUUUUCUUCUGCCUGAACUACAACCUGGACAAUCGUGGACAUUGCAAAUGCAGUUUACCUCGCCAGAUAAACCAGGCCUUUAUGAAUCGCAAUGGCGUUUUUCUGCCAUUACUGGUCAAUGUUUUGGAGAGACGAUUUGUAUGAUUGUUCACGUGAUGGAUGAUCUCAACCAGGUCACCAAACAAUUAUCAGCUGCUCAUAUUGUCGAUAAUAUACAACAAUCCACACAGAAUCAAGUCAUUUCUAUUUCUGAACAACAGCCACAAAAUUCAUUUAUAUUUUCUGGUCCACAUCAAGCCAUUGCUAUUCAAGCACCGCUUGCACAACGACCGAAUUUUAUACAACAUCAUCAUCAACAACAUGAAUCGAAUCAGGAAAAUAACCAUGAAAAUAUAAACCAUCAACAACAAAACGGUCUCAAUCAUAAUUAUAAUCAUCUUAAUAAUGAUCAUCAGAAUAUAAAUGGAAUGUCACCGCCAACCAUAAUAAAUCAUCAUCAACAUGAUGGCAGUGAUAAUGAUUCUUCAAUGACAUGACACACGAUGGAUUAGAGAUUUUGGCUAGUUUUCAUAUAUAGUUUGUUAUUACCGAUAUUGUUAACACUUGUUGAUGCGUGUGAAU